UUUUACAAAAUAAAAAAUCCAAGUAGAAUACAAGGUUCACUCUUUGUUUUAUUUUUCUACUUUACAUCACCUAUGUAAUCUAAAAUUUCUAUGCACAUAAGACAUUCACGACUAGCGCGCAACCAUCAACUAGAAGCAAAAGAGCGAUAAUAAGCUUCACCAUAGUUCACAUAUGUAGUGUGCAGAUUAUACCAAGGUGGAAUAGUUCAUUCACACCACAAAAUGUUGUGGUAUGCCUAGUCUAAUGCACUGUUGUCAGAAGAUGCACUUUGAUCUCUUGGGUAAUCAAAUAAUAAUGUUUAUAAAUGCACAGUGAGAAACCCUUCCGUUUUGGACAAAAUUUUGAGAGACGUUGACUCAUCCUUAUCGUAUCAACUUUUUGUUUAUAUUGCCAACAAGUGCAGGAAAGGAAAGAAACAUUUGGAAUAUAUAUACUCUGAACAUAUCUUUAUCCUGGAUGAAUUUUUAUUCAUGAUGAUAGGAAUUAAAAGAAAGAAAUACUAAUCAACUACACACUAUACCCAAAUAUGGCUGGUAAAUUUCCAAAAGAAUGCAAGCAAUCGGGAUUGCAUUUCCUGCCUAUUCUAUAGCAGACAUGGUUUCACACCAAUAAUGGAAUCUAUAACAUUCCAAUUUCUAGGUUAUACGUGUCAAUUGAUCUUUAUCUCUUUCCGCGUCCCUUAAUCUUGGCACCCGACAUUUACAAGCAUAUAUAUGCCUCAUAUGUGACUAUCUCAUCCACAGAUUCAUUCAGAUAGGAAGAAAACCCGUACCUCUUCUUAUUCUAAGUCUCCUAGCCUAGCACUUCACCCUUUCCAACAAGUUCGCCAAAUCUUGUCUUUGCAAUGGAGAAAGUAGUGGUGCUGAUUGUUGGUGCUGGGCCAGCAGGCCUCGCAACUGCAGCGUGCCUUACACAAUUGUCCAUUCCCUAUGUCAUCAUCGAGCGUGAGGACUGCAGUGCGUCACUUUGGCGCAACCGCGCAUACGAUCGUUUGAAGCUGCAUCUUGCGAAGGAGUUUUGUGAGUUACCACACAUGUCAUAUCCAGCAGAUGCACCAACAUACAUACCAAAAGCCCUAUUUGUCAAGUACGUGGAUGACUACAUUGAGUGUUUCAAUAUUCAACCGAAGUAUCUCACUAGCGUGAAGUCAUCAACAUAUGACAGCGAGAAAAAAGUUUGGUCCAUCGUGGCUCAUGACAUAGCAGAGUGCAAAAAAAUAAAUUUCACAGCGAAGUUUCUUAUUGUGGCAACAGGUGAGAAUAGUGCAGAGAAUAUUCCGGUGAUCACUGGACUUCAAAAUUUUCCGGGUGAGACCAUCCACUCAUCAAGAUACAAGUCAGGCAAGAGCUUCUCCGGUAAGAGUGUGUUGGUCAUUGGAUCUGGCAACUCUGGGAUGGAAAUCGCUUAUGACCUUGCGACCCAUGGUGUCAAUACUUCAAUUGUUGUAAGAAGCCGGUAUGUUCAAGGAAGCAUUAGUAAGAUCAUGGGCAAUAUAGUUAAAUUUCAAAGCGGAGAUGAAAUCUCAUUUAACGCAAUCGUAUUUGCAACCGGAUACAAGAGCACAACGAAUAUGUGGCUCAAGAAUGGUGAGAGCAUGUUAAACGACAAUGGGCUGCCAACCAAAGAUUAUCCGAAUCAUUGGAAAGGUGAAAAUGGGCUCUACUGUGCUGGGUUGGCGAGGAGAGGAUUGGCCGGUAUCGCCGAAGAUGCCAAGAAUAUUGCCAAUGACAUUAAGUCUAUGAUAAGCUCUAUGUCCUGCUAAAUUUGCCUCUAUAUGUAGUUCAACAUGCCAACUGUGUCAGACUAUUCAUAUAUUUGGGACAUCUUCAUGUAUAGGCUCACAUUUGUUAAAGAAUAUUCUCUGCUCUUGUAUGCUAUAUCAUCAAGGGUCUUUAGGUAUACUCUUGUGUAAAAGAGCUUCAUUUUUUUUGUUGGAC